AUGAGGAUUAUAUACUGCAAGUGGGAGAAGUAUGCCGAUGGCUACUUCAGUGACGGGUUCUAUGAGAUGAACUUGGUCGCGAUGAAUGAUAUGGAUGAGAUCUAUGAGGACCAUGAGUAUGGUGAGAUGGGAGAAUUCGAGGAGUUAUCGGUUGAGGAUGAUGAGAGUGAGGACUCGGAUGAUACGGCAGCGAGUGUGGAGGCAGCAGUGAAGCUGAAAGAGGAGAUAGUCGCCAUGGAGGCAGCAGCAGUGAAUGGUGGAGAUGGAGUUGGUGUCAACACUUUUGCAGCAGCGAUCGUGGUUGAAGAUGAAGCAGUAAAUGCGAAGUGUGUGGGAGUCGCUGUGAAAGGGGACAUCAUGGUGAAGGGAUCAACGGCGAAUGCAACUGCAAAGGGGCGAGUGCUUAUGAAAGAGGAACACGUUGAGGGGUACAAGACCCGAGAGGUGUUGGGUGCUAAGAUUCCGAGGAGAAGCGAGAGGCUUAAGAAGAUGCCUCAUGGUUUGGAUAUCAAGGCGCUCAACUUCAAGACACGUAAGCAGAGGUUCAAGGUGCAGGAGCUGCAGGGGAGCGUGAAGCCGACUUAG